AUGUCACGGGACGGGAGUUCUAACCCCGUGCGGCACCUAAGUCCCCCUUGGCCAGGGCCCCAAGGUCAGCCUCUCCCUAUCUGGCAAGCUUGCAUAAGCCCAUAUAUUAAGCAUCUUCGAGGUUUCUGGCACGAGUGGGGAACUUCCGAACCGUUACACAAAGCAUGGACAGGUGAAAUCCAUGGAAGAGUUGUUUGUGAUGUCUGUGGUGAUUCAUCCGUUGGACCUGAGGAUCAUAUCUUAGAAGGUGCUGAAGUGGUAGUUCUUUGCAUAACAAAUGAAGUUCUAAAUUACCAAGCAUUUACAAAUGCGAAGGGGAUAUAUACUGUAGCAGAGACCAUGUCCGAGAGUGACCGUUGGGAUUCAUGCUUGGCAAGACCUGUCAUUAGUUUCCAUGAGCACUGCACCCAUCUUGGGGAAGGAAGCACACGAGUGAAGUUCAAUUACAAUCAUUCAUCAGGUUGUUCUCACAACAUCAGACCAUUUGUCUAUUGACCUGCUGGUGUUCCUACUUACUGCAUCUAGAUGCUACAGUCAUCGUGUAUAUUAUAUUUCUGAAUUGUGCUGUACAGACUCUGGUAAUGGCUGGUAAAUUGGAACAUAGCCAUGUCUUUCAACCAGUUUGUGGAUUAUAAAAAGCCAUGAACCAUGGAUUACUGUUUUU